AUGUCUUUUGUUCCAAUCACAUCUUUAUUAAGUGGAAUAGAUGGAAACGGAUUUUUAACUCACGCCAUCAAUCUUUAUAUACGUUAUAAGCCACCAAUUGAAGAACUUGAGCAGUUUUUAGAGUUUCAGCUUCCGACAAGAUGGGCACCAGAGUUUGGUGAGCUUGCAGUGGGUCCCGAGGGUAAACAACAUAAUGCAGCGUUGCAGUUCAGAUUUUUGGGUCCGAAGCUUUAUGUUAACACGAAUCAGGUGGAUGUCGGAGAUAAUCCAGUAACAGGCCUUCGUCUUUAUUUAGAAGGAAAACGAAACGACUGUUUAGCGAUCCAUUUACAGCAUCUUUCCUCCAUGCCCAAAAGCUUCAAACUCAAAUUCGAACCAAACCCCAACUCAUCCACAAACCCUAAAGACAAAAGGUACUACGAAAAAGUCCAAUGGAAAAGCUUCUCACAUAUUUACAGUGCUCCGGUGGAAUCCGACGACGAACUCUCCAUCGUCACUGGCGCCGAGUUCGAAGUUAGCGACUCAGGUUUAAAACGGGUUCUCUUCUUACGCCUCCGGUUCGCAAAAGUGGUGGGGGCGACGGUGGUGAGGCAACCGGAGUGGGACGGGUCACCGGUUUUAUCUCAGAAAUCCGGGAUCGUUUCGACGUUGAUUUCGGGUAGGUUUUCGACCGGUCAGAGACCACCGCCGGAUCCGAGAGUGGUGAACAUGAACUCGGCGUUGCCUGGUGGACCACCGGUGUCGGCUCAUGGAAAGAAGCUUUUGAAGUUUGUUGAUACGACGGAGUUGACGAGAGGGCCGCAGGAUUUGCCGGGAUAUUGGGUGGUGUCGGGGGGACGGCUGGUGGUUGAAAAGAGUAAGAUAUCGCUGCGGGUGAAGUUUUCUCUUUUGGCGGUGGUUUCCGGUGAUGAGGAAACGUUGGAAUGA